CUCUCUCUCUCUCUCUCUCUCUCAGGAAGUGAUGAGUGUUGAACACAGAGCAUUGUUCAGUCAGUCAGUCAUUACGGGGACAGUAUGGAGUUCAGGUCACUCUCUGUAAUACUCUUGUUGAGUUCACUCGUCCAGACUUUGCAUGCUCAAGUAUAUUUUAAGCCAGUUCUGACUGUGCAGCCUGAUUGGCCACAAAUAUUCAGUGGAGAGAAAGUCACACUCAGAUGUUCCUUUCCAAGACACAGUAUGACUGACUGGAUAUUCUACUGGUACAGAGAGAGCACUGAACUUCACCACUCAGAUGAAAACGUUUACAUCAUAAAACACAUCAAAGUGGAUCACAGUUCAAAAUACUACUGUUAUAUUUCUGAGAAACAGAGUCAAAGAGACUCUUAUUGGAGUAACGCAGUGACUCUCACAGUAACAGAGAGACCAAAAGCUUCACUGAUCCUGGUGCCUACUGGACAGAUGUUUACUGGAGAGAAAGUGACUCUCAGAUGUGACAUACAAGGACACACAGACACUGAGUGGAGCUACAGCUGGUAUAAAGAUGGUGACAGUAACCGUCCAGUUCAUUCCUCUAAAGUGAGAAAAGAAUAUUCAUUCAGUGUUGUAGAGUCUGACAGUGGUAAAUACACCUGUAGAGGAGAGAGGAGGAGUGACUCUCAGAGAUCAGAGAUCAGUGAUGCUGUUACACUGACUGUAUCAGCUUUACCCAGAGCUACACUGACUGUAGAACCAGACAGUCCUGUGUUCACUGGAGAGUCAGUCACUCUGAAGUGUGAAAUAGAGUCUUACAGUAACUGGAGAUAUCAGUGGUAUAAAGGCAGCAGUAGAACUGCAGUCAAUCAGUCUCAGACAAACACCUUCACCAUCAGAUCAGCAGCAGAUCAGGAUCAGGAUCAGUACUGGUGUAGAGGAGAGAGAGAUAGCAGACCCUCAUCAUCACUGUACAGUAUCAGAGUGAAUCUCUCUGUUGAAGACGCCGAGGAACUUGGUGCUCUGGCUGAUUUCCACAGCAGAGCCAGUGAUGGUCAGUGGGACAUGGUCACCCCGCACUCUUCGGAAGUCAAUAACCAUCUUCUUAGUUUUGUCUACAUUCAGAGACAGGUUGUUGGUUCCGCACCAGCUCACGCAGCGCCGUGGAUCUUAGCAGGCCUAGCUCGCACAGCUCUUCCCGCAGUUCGUUUGGAAGUAGAGAUUGAGAUUGAGGCUGAUUUCUCAGCUGUAGCAGGCUCUGGUGAUGAAAAACCUAAACCUGAACUCACAUCAAGCCAUAAAGGAGCUGCACUGAUAGGAAAUCCAGUGGUUCUGUACUGUAAGCUGGAUCAGUCUGCUGGAUGGACGUUUUACUGGUCCAAACACACACAGAACCCUGAGAAUGAGAUCAAGACUGAAACACACUCCUACAGCAUCAGCUCAGUUAGUGUCUCUGAUGGAGGACAGUACUGGUGCAGAGCUGGGAGAGGAAACCCAGUCUACCACACUCACUACAGUGAUGCUCUCUGGAUAAGCAUUGGUGGUGUCUCUCCUCCAGUCUCUCUGAUGGUCAGUCCCAGCAGAACUCAACACUUUAUUACUGACUCUCUCUCACUGAGCUGUGAGGGACAGAGUGACUCUACUGGAUGGAGAGUGAGACGAUACACACACAGUGAGAAGGUGUCAGAUUGUUCAUCAGGCUGGGGAUCAGUUACAGGAUCUACAUGCAGCAUCAACUCCCUCUACACAUCCCACACUGGAGUGUACUGGUGUGAGUCUGAAUCUGGAGAGAGCAGCAAUCCUGUCAACAUCACAGUGCACAAUGGUGAUGUGAUUCUGGACAGUCCUGUUCAUCCUGUGACUGAGGGAGAUCCUCUGACUCUACACUGUUUAUAUCGCUUCACAAAGCCCCCAAACCUCACAGCUGAGUUCUAUAAGAAUGGAUCACUCCUCCAGACUCAGACUACAGGAGAGAUGACCAUCCAUACUGUCUCAAAGUCAGAUGAAGGUCUCUAUCACUGUAAACACCCAGAGAAAGGAGAGUCACCACAGAGCUGGACCUCAGUCAGAGUGUCUACACGAUCUGCUGGUCUGGUUGGAGUGGUUGUAGGAGUGAGUUUUGCUGUGUUGUUCAUCAUCUUACUGAUACUGCUGUGGUGCUACAAAACCAAAAAAGGAAACAAGCUGAACACCAAGCAGAUGUCAGAGCAGAAACAGAGAGAGUCAGGAGCUGAGGACUACCAAUCAGGAUACUCACCAAUGCAGGCUGGUGAUGCUGCAGACGAGUCCAAUGAUGUUGUUUACUCACAGGUGAUGAUGAAAAACAAGAACUUCAAGAACAAAGGGGAAGAUAUUCAAGAACAGGAUUCACAGACUGAAUCCAUUUAUUCAAAUCUACAUUCAGGCAAAGCCACAGAUGUUGGUGCUGGAUCCAUGGAUAUAAUUUAUGCUGAGGUUGAAGUGAAAAUGAAGAAGAACCCAAAGAAACAACAUGAGAAGACUAGUGUGAAUGAUGGCAUUGUGUACUCAGAGCUGAAGCAGAACACAGACGAAGGUCCGUGAGGAGUGAACACAAAAGCAGAAUUCUUCUGAAGAUGUGAGAGAAAGCAACACAGAACCUGGCCAUACAUGUAUUAAUGCAACCAGAUCACAGAAAGAGUAAG